AUGGCGUCCCUCGAGGAGGAUGACGAUCGUGACCUAGCAGGCUCGCAGGACGGAAGCUCGGACAAUGAAAUGGAAGAUGCUAUGCAGGAGAUUGAUGACGGAGAAGGGGACAAUGACGGCGACGGCGACGGCGACGUUGAUGUGGAUCAGGAUCAGGACCAGGACCAAGAUCAAGACCAGGAUGCGGAGAGUCCGUCAAACACAAGCCAGGCCUCUGAUGGCGCGGUGAUGGACUCUCAGCUUGAUCAAGGGACGACCGACAUGACCUCAUCUCAAAAUGUCGGGAACUCCGCGGUAGAAGCAUUUUCCAUCUACCAUCCAAGCGUUCGACCCGAAUGCCUAACCGCAAGAACUUACGACGUGGUCCCUACGACUGCAGCGCCUCAUAGUACCUCCAUCAAUGCUGUGACAGCGACUGCAGAUAUGCGCUGGGUCUUCAGCGGCGGCUCGGACGGAUUCGUGCGCAAGUUCAACUGGGCAGACUCGAUCAACAGUAAACUCAUGUUAACUGUUGCGCAACGUCACCCAUUUGUGGACAGCGUGGUGAAGGCUGGUGUGUACAUGACAUACUGGGAAAACAUGGACGGAAACAUUUUGUCGCCUGUCUACUCUUUGGCAUGUCAGAGCGAAGGACUGUGGCUCCUGACGGGAUUGGAAUCUGGCGCGAUUCGAUUACAGACCCUUCGCCACGACGAAGGAAGAGAGAUAGCGCAGUUGCGUCAACAUACCUCCGCUGUAUCAGCACUGUGCCUCACUUCCGACGAAAAGUCCCUUCUUUCAGGGAGCUGGGACAAAAGGGUAUUUGAUUGGGAUUUGAACACUGGGCAAGCACGACGUGCAUUUGGAGCGAGCGCUGGUCAGAUAUCUGCGGUUCAAAUUCGGCCAGAAUCCGCCCUUCCAGUCCCAACAGACACCAUUGAUUACACGCAAACGAACGGUACGUACUCAUCAAAUUAUGGUGCGGAUGGUACCGAAAACUACAACGCCAUGGACACCACUCAGGACAAUGGGGAGGCUGGUGCUACCGAAAACCCGCAGGCGGGUUCACCGACAGACUCUUUGUUUGGAGGCGCGGACUCACUGUUUGGUGACACGGAUGAAGUGGCUGGUGAUGGAAACGAACCGUCUGGGGGUGUAUUUGGAGUUGAUGAAGAUGACGAAUUUGGUCGCGCCCUCGCGAAUGGCGUUAUGGGCGAAGUCAACGCCGCCGAGGAGGUGGACAACAAUACCACGCAGCCUGAUACAACAUCUCAGCCUCAUGAGGCGCCUAUGGGCGCCAGCCUUGAUCCCGGCCCUCCUGUUGCAGAGCAAACUACCAACAAUGCUGACAGUUCUCACACCACGGCGGAGCCCGCGGUCAAUGGCCUUCCCAAAGCCGAGGAUAUGGAGGCUCACAACUCUGGGUUCGAAUUUUCGCAGCCUAUGCAAACCGAGCAGGACCCAAGCUCAGACACCACAUUCCUUGCCGCAUCUAUAGAUGGCACAAUACGUGUGUGGGAUAGACGACAGCCCGAUCCCGUUGCUCGAAUUUCUCCUCGAAACGUUCCCCCGUGGUGCAUGAACGCAUGCUGGUCUCCCGACGGCAACUACAUUUAUGCGGGACGACGAAAUGGCACAGUGGAGGAGUUCAGCCUGCACAAAGGCCUCCGGGAAUCUGAGCGGACGUUUAAAUUCCCGCAGGGAAGUGGACCGGUCACAGCGCUCAAGGCGAUGCCAAAUGGUCGGCACCUUGUGUGUGCCUCUCACGAUAUUCUCCGCCUGUAUGAUUUGAAGCACGAGCAAUCAUCUCGGCACUCAACGGUCCCUUUCCUCAUCAUUCCAGGGCACAGAACUGGAACUAUCUCCCAGCUUUAUGUGGACAACGCCUGCCGCUUUAUGAUCUCUACAAGUGGCAAUCGUGGCUGGGAAGGUAAUACCACCGAAGUUUUGCUCGGCUAUGAAAUCAGUGUCCCUCAAUAA